AUGAAUAUCAACUGUGGUCUAAAGUUGCCAGGCAGGAACUGUAUUUUCUUUCAUUUGGCUUCUUUGACCAAGCAGGGGAAGUGUAGUAACCUCUAUAGGUCUUACGUGGGAUAUUGCCGAACUCAAGUCAGUUGUACACGAGAUAAAUGCCAAAGGCUGGAUUUGAGUGGAAAUACUAGAAACUGUUUUUUGGCUGGAAGCCCUGACUCCUAUAGAAAUUUCAUCAGUAAAGGGCUGAGGUGUCUUUUGAAUGCCCCAAAUACAGAAGUAUACAAGAAUGGACCCCACGCUUCGGGAAGGUUUUGCUUCCAGUCUUCUCAGCCUUUGGGGGUGAAGAUCCCAUCCCUCCAGAACAGCUUUGUAGGGCAACUCCCACAUCAUUUUUCUGCUUGGAACAUUCAGAUCAUCAGGUUUUUUCGCACGUCACCAUCAUUUCAGGCUGCACCAGUUCCUCUUUUCUGGAUUAUUGUUAAGCCAGCUCAGAAAUUAUUUGCUAUCAUUCUUGGCAGGAGCAUAAGAAAUUGGUGGAAAGCACUUCCUGCUAAUAAACGGGAACUUUUUAAAGAAAGUGCAAGGAAAAAUAAAUGGAAAAUACUCCUGGGUGUCAGUAGCUUAGGAGUUUUAUUUGUCAUGUUUUAUUUUACUCACUUGGAGGAGACACCCAUCACUGGGCGCGCUCGACUGUUGGUGUUUGGAAAAGAGCAUUUUAGGGAACUGUCACAGAUGGAAUAUGAUAUGUGGAUGGAAGAAUUCAAAACUAAAAUGUUACCUGAGACAGAUGCACGUUAUCAGGUUGUGGAGAGAGUUGUUGGUCAUUUAUCGGCAAGCAAUAAGGACAUCCCACAGGUCUCGGCUCUCGAGUGGGUUAUCCAUGUGGUAGACGAACCAGGUGUAAAUGCUUUUGUGCUUCCAAAUGGCCAAGUGUUUGUUUUCACUGGAUUGCUAAAUGCAGUUUCUGAUAUUCAUCAGCUGUCUUUCAUUUUGGGACAUGAAAUAGCUCAUGCUGUGCUGGAACAUGCAGCAGAGAAAGCCAGCCUGGUUCACUUCUUGGAUUUUCUAUCACUCAUCUUUCUCGCUAUGAUUUGGGCCAUCUGUCCCCGGGAUAGUUUGGCAGUUAUUGGCCAGUGGAUUCAGAGCAAGUUGCAGGAGUUUAUGUUUGAUAGACCGUACAGCAGAACAUUGGAGGCUGAAGCUGAUAAAGUGGGACUUCAGUUUGCAGCAAAGGCUUGUGUGGAUGUCCGAGCAAGCAGUGUAUUUUGGCAACAAAUGGAGUUAGCAGAAACCAUUCAAGGGCAGCCCAAGUUACCAGAGUGGCUCUCCACUCACCCUUCUCAUGAAAACAGAGCUGAGCACUUAGAUCGCCUUAUCCCAGAGGCUCUUAAAAUACGAGAGCGCUGCAAUUGCCCAUCUCUUUCUGGACCAGAUCCUCGCCUCAUUUUCAGACUUAACAUGCAACAUCUCCUGGAAUCAUCUAAAGAUGAAGAAACCCCAAAUUCUACAAAGCGAGCUCUCUCAAAACCAAACCUGAAUUUUCCUCACACUCAAAAAGUGGAAGAUACGCCAGUAACUUUUGCAGUUAAACGUACAAACUAAUGAUAAUGAUUGUCACUUUUUAUGACACUUGUUAUCCCUGAAGGUCUAACACAAAUUUGUCUUUGAACCAUAAAGAAGAUGCAGCCACUCAUAUUCUAUGAUUCUUUUAUGUGAUCUCUCACUCAAAGCAAUAAGGAACCAUGCCC